GCCAGCCAGGGUGUGGAAGGGUGUCCCGGUUUGAAGUCAUCGGAGGAAAUAUAUAAGGACAAUCAUGAGUGGCAGAAAUAGAUCCUGCUCUUCCUCAAUUCUCCAAGCAUGCAGUUCAUCAUCAUUUACCAGACAACCUUCUCGUGUGUUGAUAGUAGAUGCAUCCCCACCCUGGUGGUCAGAAACGUGCACUGUUCUGUGUCAGGCCCUGGAAAAUUUCUUUUUUUUGACCAGCAGUCUGGCAGGGCCUGUUCGUCUGCCAUUACUAAGUGUCUUUGCCAUAAGUGUACAACUGGAGUGCCUCCUACCCUUUGUGCAAGUUAAAGGUAAUUUGACACGUCUGUUGUCCUGUGUGGAGGAGCUGCGUUCUCUGCCUCAGGAAGGCUGUGUUCGGCAACGGGGCACACUGCUUACACGGGCAGUGCUGGACAGUUUGCAGCAGCUUAAACAAUACAUGUGCCAUACAUCUCAUAGGGAUAUCAACAGCAACUGUGUGGAGGUGACUGUAUUAACCUGUCAGUCAGGAAAGACAGUCAUCAGACAGCUGGAGCAAGGCCUGGAAAACUCAGAUCUGAUGAGCCUGCGUAGGCUUCUUGUGGUUCAAAUUGCAUUACAGCAGAGUCUCUGUGAUAGAUCUCCAGCUUGUAGCCUUGAGACACCAUCUUCUGAAGAUAACCAGGAAGAGAGUCUUAUGCUGGGGACGGAGAUGGAUCUGCAACUGGUGGAGGGCACAGUUGAGGCCUUGGAAAGCACUCUGAAAAUGUGGCUUCAUGAACAGGGAGGAGAUCGAGAACACCUGCACUUGUUGUUACCCCCUUCUUGUUUUUCUGCCAAAAACAGCCCAAGUCCAGUCUGUUUGAAGUGUGACAUGCAGGAGAGACUAAUCAGCCCAGCACUUCUUGCCAGCACUCCUGACCUUGGAAUGAAGACUGAGAGCAUGCAAGAUUUUCAGCCACCAAACAAGAGUCUCACCAAUCAAAACUUCUUACCACAGCGCUUACUAGUUGUCAAAGUUCUUCAUGCUGAUGGAGUAUGUCAGUCUGUCCUGUAUGGACUACCACUCAUUGUCAGACCAACCUCGUGUUGGCAACUGGACUGGGAUGAAAUGGAAACAAACAACCAGAUGUUUCAUGCACUCUGUCACAUACUAAAGACCCGUGACUGGUUCCUUUUGGUGCGCUCAGAGUCUGAGCCAGGGUCUUCUUCAGGUUCUGGUGUGUUCUCCUACUAUGUAAUUCAGUCUUCUGGUUCUCACUCUCUGCUUCUGAAACCUGCGAUGACACGAGAACUUAUGCUGCCCUGCUGCUUGCCUGUAUCAGUGGAGGACCCUCCACUUCUUGCUCUCGACACGGUGGAGAGCUCCCUAGAACAGCUGGAGAAGGACCCUGUAUUUAACCCUCUCUGUCUGGAUUCCAACCUGUAUCUGCACCUGAGAAUUAGAGGUUUGCUCACCCGUUCAUCACAGCUAUUUGGAGCACAGGGCCGUGGCCAGUGCAGGGGAGCUAGUCGACCACCAGAGGGCUCUACACAACGUCAGGGUCGGCAGUCUCAGGGUCGUGCACGAGCCACAGUUACCCCUCUGCCCUCUAUUGCUUUAAAGAUGCCUCGCCCUUCACUAACCCUCCACCACUCCCGACCCUGUGCCCCUGCUGCCUUUUUCCAGGACAGUUAUGAGGAGGAAGAUUCUCUUAGGAUCCAGUAAGGAGAAAGAAAGAGAAGAAACCUUUCACUGUGUGGGGAAACACAGCACAUUGACACUGACUGUUGUGCACAAGAAAUUCAGAGCAGUCGUUUCUAAACUGCUACAGACUGUUUCCAUGCAUGCACAUGACUGAAUAUGCUAUUAUAUACAUUGCAUGCACAGACAAAUAAGUUUCAAGUUAUUCAUAGUUGGUUUGCUAUUGAAAUGACACUGUAUUGUGUAAGAGGAACAGUGAUGGAUUUAACUUCUGUGCAUCCCUUCUUCUCUUAUGUUCAAAAAUGUAACACACAUGUUAAACAAAGAAACAUACAAAAACGAAACAAACCUACAAAA